AUGGCGAUCCGUGACCGUGUCCGUCGCGCGCUCCGCAAGUCCGAAGCCUCCGACACCAUCUCCCAGUCCGAAUCCAACACCACCACCACCACCGCAACCACCAGCCAGAGCUCCUCCUCCCACGACGGGCCCCAGCUCGAAAAGACAUCGUCCCGUCUCGCCCGCGUCCUCACCUUUGGCUCCUCGGCCGACAGCAAGGACAAGGAAAAGGAGCGCGCCGAGAAGCGCGAACGCAAGGCCGCCGCCGCCCAGGGCAGCCGUCGCCGCACGCACCCCCGCGACCGUCCGCUCACCACGCAGAACAUCCGCCACCAGAAGAUGCUCUCCCACUUCAGCAUGACGUUUGGCGCCUCCGACCCGACACAGAUUGAGACAAUGAGCUUCGUCGGCGUCAGUCCCUGCUGCACGCGCCGCGGCUCCCUCGACCUCGAUCCCGUCAGCCGCGGCAGCACCACCCCUUCUUCCAACGCCUCCUCGGCCACCGACUCGUCACGGGAAGAGUAA